AUGGUGUCCUUGUCAUGCUUGAAUGAUGAGCAAAAAUCACAGCUUCCCUGGAUGGUGGAUAGUGGUUGCAGUAACCACAUGACUGGAGAUCUGGAGUCAUUCACCGACAUCGAUGACCAAUACCGCUCUCAAGUCAAAUUGGGGGACAGAAAGAAGCUAAAAGCGGAAGUAAAAGGCACAGUUGUUGUAUGCACAGAAGAAGGUAACAAAACUCUCAUCCGAGACGUUUUGUAUGUUCCGGAGCUAACUCUCCAUCUACUUAGUGUGAGACAAUUGAUGCUGAAAAAUUACAAGCUAUUGUUUGAUAAUGGCGUGUGCGAGAUUAUCAACAAAGCAGACAAUUUCAUGGUGGCCAAAGUCCCGAUGACUUUCAACAGAAUUUUCUCUCUUGCUAUGUCACAAAAUGGUGAAGUAGCAUUCAAGAGUGAAAAUCUGGAUCAAUCCUUCCUAUGGCAUCUCAGAUACGGUCAUCUCAACUUCAAGGGCCUUAAAUUGCUGAGGCCAAAAAAUAUGGUGGUGGGACUUCCCAGAUCAACAAAGAAGACAAGAUCUGUGAAGGAUGCAUUUAUGGCAAAAUGCAUCGUUUACCAUUUCCAAAGACAUCUUGGAGAGUAA